AUGAAGUUUAUGCGCGGAUUGAUCGUGUUCUCCGGGUUCCUAUUGAAUUCCGUACUCGCCGACUCUGUUGUCGAUCUAUCAGACUCUGAUUUCGACUCGUCGGUAGCCGAAUAUGAUACGUCUUUGGUCAUGUUCUAUGCCCCAUGGUGCGGACACUGUAAGAAACUGAAACCCGAAUUCGAGAAGGCGGCAAAGAGUCUGCUGAAAGAAGACCCACCUGUAACAUUGGCUAAGGUGGAUUGUACAGAAGCUGGUAAGGAAGUAUGUAAUAAAUUUGGUGUCUCUGGAUAUCCAACUAUAAAAAUCUUCCGAAACGGUGAAGUUGCUAAAGAAUACAAUGGACCCCGUGAUUCUGCUGGUAUUGUCAAGUACAUGAAAUCACAAGUUGGGCCAAGUUCAAAAGACUUAUCUUCAGAAGACAUUAUUAAGAACUUCUUAUCUAAAGAUGAAGUGGUGGUUGUUGGGUUCUUUGAAACAGAAACUGAUCUCAAGGGCAAAUUUGUUCAACUUGCCAACAAAUUACGUGAAAAAGUAAACUUUGGUCAUACCACUUCACAGUCAGUAAUUGACAAAUAUAACUACAAGAAUAAUGUUGUGCUCUAUAGACCUAAGCAUUUAAGUAAUAAAUUUGAACCAGAUUUUGUUGUUUAUGAUGGUGAAGAAUCGACUUCUGCUCUUGAUUCUUGGAUUACAUCAAAUUAUCAUGGUUUGGUUGGUUACCGCCAAAAGGAAAACAUGGAAGCUUUCAAACCUCCUUAUGUUGGAGUUUAUUAUGCUGUUGAUUACGUUAAGAACCCAAAAGGAACAAACUACUGGCGUAAUAGAGUAUUGAAAGUUGCCAAGUCUGUAAAAGAUGUUACAUUAGCUAUAAACAAUAAAGAUGAUUUCCAACAUGAAAUUAAUGAGUAUGGAUUAGAAUUUGUAUCAGAUGACAAGCCUAUAGUUUUGGCACGUUCACUGGACAACAAGAAGUACAUAAUGAAGGAUGAAUUCUCAGUUGAAAAUCUAGAAAAAUUCGUAAAUGACUUCCAAGACGGUAACUUAGAACCAUACAUUAAAUCAGAGUCAGUACCUGAAGAUAACACUACACCAGUAAAAGUAGCUGUUGCCAAAAACUUUGAUGAUUUAGUUAUUAACAAUGGAGUUGACACAUUAGUAGAAUUCUAUGCCCCAUGGUGUGGCCAUUGUAAAAGUUUAGCUCCAGUCUAUGAACAAGUUGCUGAAAAGUUAAAAGAUGAAGCUGUGUCUUUGGUAAAAAUGGACGCAACUGCCAAUGAUGUUCCUUCCACUUUCGAUGUUCGUGGAUUCCCAACCUUAUAUUGGUUGCCUAAGGAUAGCAAAAAUAAGCCUAUUCGUUACGAGGGAGGCCGAGACGUAAACGAUUUUAUCAAGUACAUAGCAUCUAAGGCUACAGAUGAACUCAAUGGAUUUGAUAGAUCUGGAAAUCCCAAAGAUGGCAAAGAUGAACUGUAA